AAUGCCACAAUCCUAUCUAUCACAAAAUGGUCUCUCCAGAAAUGACCAAUCUUCUCUUUAAAUAUCACCAAUUCCAUUUUCUAUUUCAACUAUUAUCUCGAGGCCCUGUGUAAAAUCUUUCGUUGGUCACGAGAUCACAUCAAACAUGUCCCAAGCUCUGUCGAAUUUGAGCCUUUCUCUUCCUUUAUCUUCAAGAAGCAGCUCUUCUGGAUCAAGAAACUUCUACUUCUUCAAAACAAAUGGGGCAGGCUUUAAUUCUUCCCUUAAGGCCAUGGCAGCUGAUAACAGAGACAAUCUUGUCCACCUGCAGAGGGCCAGCAAGCAACAGCAACAGACUCAGCCCAAGAAAAGAGUGGCUUCUGUUGCACCAGUAGGGUUGUGGGAUAGAUUCCCAACAGCCAGAACAGUGCAGCAGAUGAUGGAGUCGAUGGAGAGGAUGAUGGAGGACCCAUUUGCAUACUCCGGCGGGUGGCAAUCACCACCACCACAGCCGCCUACGACUGGAAGUGGGUAUGGCAGAGGAAGGACACCAUGGGAGAUAAAAGAGGGAGAAAGCGAGUACAAGAUGAGGUUUGACAUGCCUGGAAUGACCAAGGAAGAUGUGAAGGUGUGGAUUGAGGAGAAGAUACUGGUUGUGAAGGCAGAGAAAGUGCCUAAGAAGAAAGUGAAUGGUGAAAAUAAUGGAGAAGAGGAGGAGGAGGAGGAGGAGUGGUCUGGCAAAAGCUAUGGAAAGUAUGGCAGUAGAAUAGCAUUGCCUGAGAACAUCGCGUUUGAGAAGAUCAAGGCUGAGGUUAAAGAUGGGGUCUUGUAUAUAACCAUCCCUAAAGCCAGUACCACUGGCAAAAUUCUUGAUAUUGAUGUUAAGUGAUCACUUCUGUAUCUACAUGCAAAUGGCUUUUAGGUUAUAUGUAAAGAUUUCUAUGGUUUUUGUUGGUUAACUUGGAAGAAAGUUUUGCCCUUUUUGGGUGUAAAGCGAACCAGUUAUUUAGUUCAAAAAAAUUGUUCUUUCUUUCCCUUUUCUCCUUACAUGUUCAGAUAAGAGAUGAACCCAAUUCUUCCCAAUCCAUUGGCAAUGUGAAUGAUUUUGCUAGUAA